CAGCAUCGUUCCUGUGUGAUACAUUUGGAGACGCCACGCCGUGGAAAGCGGACACUUCACAGCACAAGUAGCAGAAGAUUCCGUGGAUACCGGAGAGUUAUCGUUCACCCAUCGUUCAGCGUGUUCGCUUGAAGGGCAGGUGUAAAAUUGUGACACAUUUGCUGAACUUAGAGGGUGUCAUAAUCAGUAUGUAGGAUCAUCUAUAAAUGACCAAGUCAUGAAUAAAGGAAAGAAAGAAGAUGGGGCGUCCCUUCCAGGGGCGUCUCGCUUUCCCUCACUAACCUCAUCCAGGAAACGGAAGGAGACUGAGCCAGGGAAACAGUCCAGGGAUCUCACCAGAAACCCAAAGUUAUCUGGUAAGACCAGCUCUGGUUUGCAGUCGGUACCAGAAGACACCUUGGCCGAUGCUCCAGCAGCAAAGACUCGCCUGCCUCCGCUGAGGACACAGGAGGCGGCAGGCGCCUCUAAGAGUCAGCCCGGUAAAAAAGAGGCCAAACUGAAAGUUCCUCGGCCCCCGAGUUGCAAGUCCAGUUCAAUGGUUCGUUUGAUUUCAAACAAAGAUUCAAGCGUCCAGCCAGACUCCAAACUUGAGUUCAGGCCCAAAACUGGACUGAAGCUGGAUCAGACAGAGCAGAGGCAGCCGUUCCCUCCUCUGUGCCCCCCUGCUCGGCCUCCAGGGCAGCCGUCUGCUCGCGGCAAGCGUAGACGUCUCGUCGCCGCGUCUGACUCUGAGAAGGCGCCCCUGACUCCGGUCCUCCCUCACAUCGAGGCACCGGCCGUCUCACGCACCGCAACGCUGGACUCCCAGAUGGACGUCUCCUGCGCUGUGCCAACUACACGGAUCGUCCUACAAAAACAAACAAAGGUUGCCCAGGAAACUCUGCCCUCUUUUCCUACCAGUCUGGUGGGCAAACGGCGUCCUAGCUACCUUCUGAUUCGUCCACCCAUUGACAACGCAGCUUCCGCAGACAGGACACAGAAGUCAGCUCACCCGUCCAAACUGUCCAACCCUGUCAGCAACCUGGUUGUGGCUCCACCCACCAGCGCCAAACCACAGAAGCGUACCUCCCAAAAGGUCCGGCGUCUGCAAGUGCGUGCCGACCAGGCCUCCGAGGCCUCCCAGGACGACGGCGCAGCGAAGAAAUCCUGUCUCUUCCCGCCGAUCUCUCGCCACCCGCCUGACGGAGACAGCAAGACUCAGGCCCCACUGAGGCCUCAGGCCCCGCUGACCAGGCCACCUCAGGCCCCGCUGACCAGGGCAUCUCAGGCCCCGCUGACCAGGGCAUCUCAGGCCCCGCUGACCAGGCCACCUCAGGCCCCGCUGAGGCCUCAGGCCAGUGAGGAGCAGCCGGCUCUGCUCCCCAAGAGGAGAGCCAUGGACAUGGUGGAGAAGACCUCCUCUCCUGAGAGGAUGCUGGAUCUGGUGGCCGAGCAGUACUCCUUCAGCCAGUGCCUCAUGUCCUGCCCCAGCACCCCACCAGAGCACGUGUGGAUGCACAGCCACAACACCCAGGAGGAGCGGGUGUUCCUGCCUGACUUUGGGCAGAUGUUUGAGGAGGAAGAUAUUGAAAUGACGUCUGGAAACAAGAGGGAGACCCUGAGAGGAGACGGGUCCCAAUAGUCUGGGGCCCAUCCAGACAUGCAGGACUAGGGUUCUAGAGAAGAUGAUGUGUCCUCUCUCUCUU